AUGUCGGACGGGAGGGAAGUGGAGCUGUUCGGCGGCGCCAUCCGCUGCCGCCUCCCCGCCACCGCCGCCGACGUGAGCGACUUCAGGCAGGUGCCCGACACGCAGGAGGUGUACGCCGAGGCGGAGACCGGCACGUGCAUCAUCGUCGAGCUCCUCGCCCGCCAGGCCGACGUGCGCGACGAGGACUGCGGGGCGUUUUUCUUCGCUGACCUCGCACGCGCGAACGACUGCGGCGGCGGGGACUUCACCCUCGACGUCCAGCGGCCGCUCGCGCCGGCGGAUUACCCCCACGUGGCGCAGCUGCCCGCCGGGGCGGCCCCGGCGAGCGGGCGACGGUGCGCGUACGGCUGCCUCGCGCAUGGGGUGCAGCGCAUCUCGAAGUACACGAAUGAGCGCGGGAGGGAGAACGAGGUGUUCGUUGCCCUCGCAGUGCUGCGCUUCCCGCCGUCCGUCUCGUCGGACGUGCUGCUCUCCGUCUCCGCACCUCAGUGGAUUCAUCCGGAGAGCAGCGAGGCUCGCGUGGUGCGGCAACUCCGCGGGAGAGAGGAGGUGCUCGCGGUGCUGCGGCGUGCACUGCUGUCCUUUGAGGUGCGGGACUGGUCGCUGUUUGUGCCGGAGGACUGA